CCGGAUGGCCGCCUCCCGGGCUCCCCGGAGCGGCUCAACAACUUUGUGUUCCCGACCCACUUCGGAGCCCUGUGGAGCGCCUGCGAAAUGGAGGGUGGCAGCGGCAGGCGGGGCCGCGAUGCCCCCCGGCGAGGAGGCGGGCCGGCCGGCCGGGGCCCCCGCGGGCCUGGUGUGCCUGCCCCCGCUGUCGGAGGAGGUGCGGCUGGUGUGGACGCCGGCGGCGCAGACGAGCGAGCUGGACGGCCACGAGCAGCUGCUGCGGACCUUCAGCCACUUCCCCUACCCGAGCCUGGCGGACCUGGCGCUGCUGUGCCUGCGCUGCGCGCUGCCCGUGGAGAAGGUCAAGGCCUGGUUCAUGGCGCAGCGGCUGCGCUGCGGCAUCAGCUGGUCGGCCGAGGAGAUCGAGGAGACGCGCGCGCGCGUGCUCUUCCACCGCGACCAGCUGCACUUCCGCUCGCUCCUGCCCUUCGCGCCGCGCGCGCCCCCGCCGCCGCCGCCGGGCGCGCGCAGCCCGCGCAAGGCCAAGCGCAAGACCAAGGAGCAGCUGGCCGUGCUCAAGGCCUUCUUCCUGCGCUGCCAGUGGGCGCGCCGCGAGGACUACCUGCGGCUGCAGCGCGCCACCGGCCUGCCCCGCCCCGAGAUCAUCCAGUGGUUCGGGGACACGCGCUACGCCCUCAAGCACGGCCAGCUGCGGUGGUUCCGCGAGAACGCCGCCGCCGCCGCCCCCGGCCCCGCGCGCCGCUGUGCGGAGCCGCCGUCCCCGGCGCCCGCGGAGGUGGUGGUCUGUCUGGAUGAAGAGGACGACGAGGAGGAGGAGGAGCUGCCGGAGGACGAGGACGGCGAGGAGGACGAGGACGACGAGGACGAGGAGGACGCGACGAUGCUGCGGGACUGAGGGCCGCGCCGGGCCCGGGGCCGUCACCGGCUUCAGCGCGGAAGCCGCGCGCACCCUUCCCGCGAUGGCCUGGCCUCGGAGCACCCGCCGCACCCACCGCGCGGCUGCCAGGGCUCCGGGGGCCCCCGGGCCCCCCCCCCCCCCCCCCACACAGCGUCCUCACUUCCAACCCUGGGGCCGCUCGGCCCGCCACCUUUGGAUCGCCACGAAAUCCCUUUUGUCUCAGGGCAAACCUUCCCACGUAGUGCGUGCGUGUGUGCGCGUGUGAGUGUGAGUGUCACUGGGUGGUGAGCAGUUAGGCCGGCUGUUGAUCCGAGGUGGGAAUUAGAGGAGGUAUACUUUAAAAGUGGGAUGGUGUCAGAGCGACGGAGAAGGGCCGCGUUCUCCCGGUGGAAGGUAGCAGAGUUCUAGGUUUGGUUUUACAAACCUGACACCACCUGUCCUGCUUGAGAGAUUGAAUUUUCCUAUUUUGCUACUGAUUCAAUUUGUAUCCAGAAAAGACUCUUCCUUCUCUAUCGGUUCUAUUUUGUGGACAGAGGGACAGUUUCAUCAGUUGGAUUGUAUGUAAAGCAAGUGGAUCACUGGUUUAGUCAUCUGAAGGGUGGAAUCCCCAAAUUGCUAGACUAUAAUAAAGGCCCAAACUAAA